GGGAGGAGCUGGUCACGUGAUUAGUAGCCCAGCCGUUAAACCGACCAAGCUCGAGCUCACCAGCGCGCGGUGCACAAAAGGCCCCGGAUGAUCGGUUGAGGUUAAAAAUGACAAGGAAUUUGUCGAUGGGAAUCUUGAACACAACACACCAGUUUUGCUGUCUCUGUCCAUGUAUUUAAGAAGUGGAGCAAGGGAUUCACUCGAUCAUCCUUCCUGCUCAGACUGUGGGGAGGGAUUCACUUGAUCAUCAGACUGACUGGCAUUCCCGUCAUUUUACACAGGUGGGAACCCAUUGAUCUGCUCAGACAGUGGGAAUGGAUUCACUCGGUCAUCUCAACUGAAGGUACAUCAGGAAGUUCACACUGUGACAAGGCUAUUCACCUGUUCUGUAUGUGAGAAGGGAUUCUGUCGGUCUUCCCACCUAUGGGCACACCAAUUAGUUCACACUGGGCAGAUGCUGGUCAUCUGCUGAAUUUGUGGGGAAGGAUUCACACGGUCAUCUAACGUAAUGACAGAUCAGCGAGUUCACACAGGGGAGAAGCCAUUCAUCUGCUCGGACUGUGGGAAGGGAUUCACUUGCUCAUCUAAGCUGAAGGUACAUCAGAGAGUUCACACUGGAGAGAGACCAUUCACCUGCUCAGACUGCAGGAAGGGAUUCACUCAGUCAUCCCAACUGAAAGUACAUCAGCGACUUCACACUGGAGAGCGGCCGUUCACCUGCUCAGACUGUGGGAAGGGAUUCACUUGCUCAUCCCAACUGAAGGUACAUCAGCGAGUUCACACUGGGGAGAGGCCAUUCACCUGCUCAGACUGCAGGAAGGGAUUUACUCGGUCAACCGACCUACUGGUACACCAGCGAGUUCACACUGGGGAGAGGCCAUUCACCUGCUCAGACUGCGGGAAGGGAUUCACUCGCUCAUCCCAACUGAAGGUACAUCAGCGAGUUCACACUGGGGAGAGGCCAUUCGCCUGUUCAGAGUGUGGGAAGGGAUUCACACAGUUAGCUAACCUACAAGAACACCGGUCAGUUCACACUGGGAAGCGGCCGUUCACCUGCACAGUGUGUGGGAAGCGAUUCACUCGUUCAUCUGAUCUACAGAUACACCAGCGAGUUCAUACUGGGGAGAAACCAUUCACUUGCUCAGUCUGUGGGAAGGGAUUCACUUGGUCAUCUCUUCUAGAGAUACACCAGCGAGUUCACACUGGGGUGAGACCAUUCACCUGCUCAGACUGUGGGAAGGGAUUCACUUGCUCAUCCCAACUGAAGGUACAUCAGCGAGUUCACACUGGGGAGAGGCCAUUCACCUGCUCAGACUGUGGGAAGGGAUUCACUUUGUCAUCUCACCUACUGAGACACCAGUCAGUUCACACUGGGGAGAGGCCGUUUACCUGCUCAGUCUGUGGGAAGGAAUUCACUCGGUCAUCUCAACUACAGAGACACCAGUCAGUUCACACUGGGGAGAGGCCAUUCACCUGCUCAGUGUGUGGGAAGGGAUUCACUCAGUCAUCUCAUCUGCAGAGACACCAGCGAGUUCACAGCAGGUGGAGGCCGAUCACCUUCUCAGAUUGUGGGAAGGGAUUCACUCGGUCAUCUUGCCCACUGACACACCGGUCAGUUCACACUAGGGAGAGGCCAUUCACCUGCUCAGACUUUGGAAAGAGAUUCUGUCAGCUAAAUCAACCAAAUGUGCAUCAUUGAGUUCACACUGGGGAGAGGCCGUUCACCUGCUGUGAACGUGGGAAGCGAUUCACUCAGUCAUCUAACCUUAUGAAACUUUCGCUUCGGCUAGCAGCUUAAUAUAGGGGGUGGUAGCCCCCCAGCCCGGCCAAACUUAAGAAAUCUCGUUUGGGUGGAUGCUUCUUGAUGUGUCUCCUGUUACAAAUCAGUACCCCGAAAUAACAAACAGUACACAAUAUGCAAUUAAAUAAUUGAGCUUUAUAAUUCUUACUUUGACUAUAGGGUUAGGAAAGAAAACAAAAAAAAAAGAAGAAAAAGGGCCCACUCUCUCCAUUUGCGUCUUCUCAUCUCUCCCCAGCAAAAUACAGCGAAAAUCUCUCUUCCAGACUCACAAGAAAGAACAACAUUUCUGCCAUUGGAUAGCCCCGCACUCCAAAACCCUGUUAUGUCGAUUCGUAACCUAAUCAUUGCUGCUACAGAGAAACCGUUACCUCAGCAGUGAUACAUUACAGAGAGGCCAUUACGUGAGCAGUGAAACCUUACAGCAUGUUAUACUUGUGACAUACUGCCGGGUUCACACUGGGGAGAAAGUUUCAAUAAGCUGCAUGCUAGAUAUUUGUCUGUCGCCAUUGUUGAAUGCAAUUUCGAGAGUGACUGUCGGUGGUGAACUCUGCAAUUAUUGCUGCUGCUCACCACACCCAGUUCUGCACCCUGGUCACUGGGCAUGGGAGGAGUUUCUUCUGCUGCACAUUCACCUUUAAUGGGACUGGAAUUUAAUAUUCUGGAUCUUAG